GUAUUAUGAAAGGAUUUUUCUUAUGUUAUCUUAUUUCGAUAGUCUAUUGUUGGUGGGAAGUCGGACACAUGAUGACAGCCUAAAUUGCUAAGAAUUUUCUCAAGGAUAAUAGACCAGAUGUCUUAGCUUGGGCAGACUCCUUAGUAUAAGAUUUCAAUUCCCUUACAGAUGGUAGAUCAAAUACAUUUGCUGAGGCAGCUGUUUGGUUAGAUGAUAUAAAAGAAACAGGAACCGGAUUUUUAAAUGAUUGGCAUUAUACAGACAGGCCAAUCAAUCCAGAUGGGUAUUUUUUAUAUAGAUUAUUUCUAAGAUUAUUGAUCAAGAUUGAUGAUUAAGGAAGAAAUAUCAACUCCAUCUAUGCAAUUAAUCAGGCUGUGUCAGUGUUAACUAACCCUAAGACUUCUAAAAAUCGACAUACAGUUUUCAAAGCAUAGAUGAUAAGAGUUUUAUUACAUGUUAUUGGUGAUAUACAUCAACCACUACAUGAUACUACUUUUUGGAAUAGUAGCUAUCCAAAUGGAGAUGCUGGUGGAAAUUUUAUGAAGAUUUAAGUAUUCAAAUUAUAUAUAUAUAUAGUUAUCAAAUGGAACACUCAUGAACUUUCAUUCCUUUUGGGAUUCUGGGGCUGUUUCCUUUGCUCCUAAUAAUAGCUUUAUGGCUAGACCUUUAAGUUAAUCUGAUAGCUAGUAUCUAGAUAAAUGGUCUAAGGAAUUAAUGACUAAAUUCCCAAAAUCAAAAUACAGCAAUUAUGAUAUGACGUAUUAAGUGUUCAAAUUAUAUAGUAAUCCUUCUGUAUGGACUUACCUUGGUUUUAGAUAAGCAUAAUAAUUUGUGUAUCCAAUGGUAGCGACAUCAAAUUCAUACAAUAGCGAUUAUGAGAAAUAAGCUAUUGCCUUUUGUGAAGAAAACUUAUCUAUAGGAGGAUAUCGAUUAGGAGCAAAAUUAAUAGAAAUAUAUGAUCAAAUCAUACAGAAUGAAGCUAAACUAUCAUUAAGUGAAUGAA